AUUCUGCAGUCGCUCAGAAUCGUGUUUUCGAAGUCCUCGAAACCCAUCGAAAGCCUGCCUUUGACCUCUAAAUAGUAAACCCCCCCUCGCCCCCUGUGAUUAAGUUCUGAUCCUAAAUAGUCAUAAAUCCAGAAAAAUGUUGAUCUGAUCUGAAGUUGAAAUGAAAGGAAAGAAAAAGAAAUGAAGGCAAAACAGGAAAGAAAUGGAGAUGAAAGGUUUGGAAGCAGCUGAAAGUCAGGGUCCAGAAAAAAUGAUGUUUUAUUCAGGUAAAUUUGUUAGUCAAUUUAUUAGUUGUUUUGGAACAAGUUUGGAGUUAUUCACGGGCAAAUUAUAAAGGUGAUCAAUACGUUUGUAAAUUUUAGUAGUGUAGUGUAUGGUCCUGCAGUGUGCAAAACCUUGAGAACCACUACUGUAGGGGGAUGCUCGACAAUUCUGGAUGCAAGUUAAAUGCACUGAGCAAUUUCUGUGAAACAUUGAACAUAAGAGUGGUGAUUUGGCAUCACUGUUGGAACUGAGAAGCCAUACAUAUAUGUGUCAGCUGCUCACAAGCAUCAGGUGUAACCACCUACAAGCAAGGGACCUCAAUUGAAACCAGAGACAGGACACGAGCCGCGGCGCUUGGUCAAAGCUGGGCCGAAUGCCGGUACGAAGGGCCCGUGUGAGAGGAACUGUUUGUUUGCCCACCUCCUUCGUCUUCACACCACCCCACCGCUGCGGUGCGGACGAGGAGGACACCCAAACACCUCCGGACGAGCGUCCGACGGGACGGGCGCCAGAAGCAGAGGAGGCGCGCUUGGAGGUGGAACAUGCAUUGGCGCAAAAGGCUUUGGCCUACGGGGAGGCUCUGGAGGCCGAGCGAGCCAGUUAUGAAGCAGAGCUGGCUCGGAAGACUCAGGAAGCGGAGGAUCGACAGGCGACCUUGAAGGCUGUGGCUCAGGACCGCUCUGAGUUGGCGUCGAUGUACAGGAGAGCCAACCAAGAGCUUUGCAGGCUGCGGGCCGAGUUGAGCCAACGGACCUUGGAGGUCUUGGAGCUUCGACAGGCAUGGGGGCAUUGGAUGUGCUCCCUUUGCCUCUUGGGCUUUCAUGGCUUGGCAAAUCAGGAGUCACGUCAACUCCGUCAGCCUGGCUUGAACAAAUGCGUGGUCUGUUUGGAUGAGACGGCUCGCUUGGCCUUCGUCCCUUGUGGCCAUUUGGCCUCGUGCGAGAUAUGUGCAGCUCAAAUCCAUCCACUGCAGUGUCCGGUUUGCCGGCAGAAGAGCGAGUCCGUCUUGCCGAUCUAUUUGCCCUGAAGGCAGCGACUGGGCCGAGGAGAUCAUGUCGCAGAAGGUGAUCCAUUUCGACGGUGUGGGAAGCAGCUUCAAACACGGCGCUGAAGCUCUUCCAACUUUGAAUUCCUUGGUCCUUUUGGU